AUGCCCGAAUCGAACAAGCAAGCAAAGAGGCGUCAGCAAAAAGCCAACCGUGAGGCUGGAAUCGGAGAUGAACAGGGCAGGAUGGUACGACAAAAGGAUCCGCCCAAACUUAUCAACUGCACGAUUUGUCAGCUCGCCAUGAAAGUCACCAAAACGAAUACGGAAAUCACACAACACAGCGAAUCCAAGCACGGUAAAUCAAUAGAGGAAUGUUUCCCGGGGGCGACGGAAGGAGCCGCCGAAUUGGUGGCGGCGGCCGCCAGUAACAAAUCUGGCGGAGGAUCCACCAGCAAUGGUCCCACCAAGGCGGAAAAAAAGAAAAAGGCUGCGGCGGGUCUCGAUGAUUUACUGAAUGCGGGGCUUUCCACCAAAAAGAAGGGCAAUAAGAAAUAA